GCAUUGCGCAGGCGCGCUGCCUGGAGUCCCGCCCCCAGCAGCGGUUGCUCCAAUCACCACUGGAGGCUCCCUCCUGAGGCACCAGCGCUGACGAGCUGAGAGGAAAUGGCGGGGAGGUCCCUGACAUCGAAAGCCGAGCCCACCGCAGAAGCCAUGGACAGGGCUGAGAAGGCCGGAGGGCAGGACACAUCCUCACAGAAAAUUGAAGACUUGAUGGAAAUGGUGCAAAAGCUGCAGAAAGUGGGAAGCCUAGAGCCCCGAGUUGAGGUCCUGAUUAACCGGAUUAAUGAGGUCCAGCAAGCAAAAAAGAAAGCCAAUAAAGACCUAGGAGAGGCCCGGACCAUCUGUGAGGCCCUGCAGAAGGAACUGGACUCACUGCGUGGAGAGAAAGUACAACUGAAGGAGAUCUUGAGCAAAAAACAAGAGACCCUGAGGAUCCUCCGGCUGCGUUGCCAGGAAAACGAAAGUGAGGCACAGAGGAAGCACACCAUGUUGCAGGAGUGCAAGGAGAGAAUUUCUGCCCUGAACUUGCAGAUUGAAGAAGAGAAGAACAAACAGAGACAGCUGAGGUUGGCAUUCGAGGAACAGCUGGAAGAUCUGAUGGGCCAGCACAAGGACCUCUGGGACUUCCACAGGCCAGAGCGGCUGGCAAGGGAGAUUUGUGCCCUGGACAGCAGCAAGGAGCAGCUGCUCAAGGAAGAGAAGCUGGUCAAGGCGACACUGGAAGACGUGAAGCAUCAGCUGUGCUCCCUGUGUGGGGCUGAGGGCCCCUCCACCCUCGAUGAGGGACUCUUUCUCCAUAGCCAGGAGGCUGCAGCCACAGUGCAGCUGUUUCAGGAAGAGCACAGGAAGGCUGAGGAGCUCCUAGCAGCUGCUGCCCAGCGCCACCAGCAGCUGCAGCAGAAGUGCCAACAACAGCAGCAGAAGCGGCAGAGGCUGAAGGAAGAGCUGGAAAAGUAUGGAAUGCAACUCCCUGCCCAAGCCCAGAGCACACAAGAGGAAGAGGCUGGCCCAGGAGAUGUGGCUCCCAGACCAGGUAGACCAGUGACAUGUUGGAGUUGAAAAGAGAGGCUCACUGCAGAGCACUGUUUCCAUGGAAAAAUGGAACAUGGCAAAGUGCGGAAAUUCUUCAGUCAGUCCAGGACAGACGAGUUCUCUAAGAUGCAGUUAAUCAUACCUGUCUUAAACAAACUGGCGAUACACUAUCAAACAUGACUUUUAAAUCAAAUGGAAGUUAGAAAAUAUAUUGAACUGAAUGGCAAUGAAGACACCACAUUUUAAAACUGUAAUUCAGUUAAGCCCACGAUUAGAAGGAACUUUAGCUUUUAUUGGUUCACCACAAUUUUUUAAAAAAUCAAUGAUUGUUCAGUUAAUGAAUAAAAGGCCUUUGACACAGUUCACCUAUUCAUGUGAAAAAAAAAAGACUAAUAAACAGUCAGCUUCCCUU